AUGGUGUAUGUCAGUGCCAGUGGUCUGCAACCCGCAGAAGUUUUUCUGCUGGCAUUCAAAAAAUAUUCCGCCAGUCCGCGAGGAAUUUUAUGGAAACUUGCUGGCCCACAAGCCCCGAAAAGGUUGUGGAACACUGGCCAGUUCAUUGAUCGAGUGCGAGUGGAUCGUGGCGUGGACCUGUCCAAGGUGACCUUCGAGCUGGGAGAGUCGGCGCAUUUGGACGGGUCCGACUUCUUCCGCAUUGACCCCAAGACCGGGAACAUCUAUUUGGACGAAUCCCUGGAAGACCACGUUGAUCAAGAGUUCUACUUGUUCGUCAAGGCCUCGACUGUUGACGGGCCAACGUCGAGCCUGGAGGUGAGAGUCUUCGUUGAGCCGCCGGAUGAGGGCGCCAACGGCGGCCCUCCGCGUCUAUCUGCUCCCCGCCCCGGCUUGCCUUUCAUAUCGUAUCAGGACAGCGAUAGUUCGCGUCCAUUUUGUGAAACCAACGUUUUACUUCAUAAUUUCCAGCAACAAAAGAAAGAAGUAUCUGGGGAAAUGAACAGUGUCGACACGACGGACGAAAGCAGCCGCGGUGAAAGCAGCAUCGUGACGUCUCCCAGCGGGCUGAUGCACUGGCACCGCGCCCUGUCGAACCGUUAUGAAUCGACGGGUCCAGGCGAGGAAUCCGCGCCAGCGUUGACCGAACAAAGUAAAUGGGAAUUCCCUAGGCAUCAUCUUCGCAUUCUGGGGAUUCUUGGAGAAGGCUGCUUUGGUCAAGUGUGGAAGUGCGAAGCCCUUAACGUUGGAGAACCGGUGUUCGUGAUUCUCGAGUACGUUCAACACGGAAAACUGCAGAGUUAUCUGCGAGCGAGCAGAGCUGAGCAUUAUUAUGGAAAUCUGCACGGGAAGUCUUCGCAUCUCACUUCACGGGAUCUCACCUCUUUCGCUUUCCAAGUCUCAAAGGGAAUGGAUUACCUGACUUCUAAAGGCAGGCUGCAUAUACCGAUAAUUCACCGCGAUUUGGCGGCAAGGAACGUGCUUGUCGGGGAGAAGAACAUUUGCAAGGUUGCCGAUUUUGGCUUUGCACGAGAUUUAGUUGGCAAUGGAGUCUACGAAAGGAAGAGCGAGGGACGAUUGCCGAUCCGGUGGAUGGCGCCGGAGUCUCUGUAUGACAACAUUUUCACUGCCAAAACUGACGUGUGGAGUUUCGGUGUCCUCAUGUGGGAGAUAGUCACUCUUGGUUCAACGCCAUAUCCGGGAAUGGCAGCCGGAGACGUAAUGCGGAAAGUGAGAGAUGGUUACAGGCUGGAAAAGCCAGAUCACUGUCGCCGAGAAAUUUACAAUAUCAUGUACUACUGCUGGGACCGGGACCCGAAAGAAAGGCCCAAUUUCAGCGAGUUGACCCAGUUGCUCGACCAACUCCUGAUGUCAGAGACUGAUUACAUCGAGUUGGAUCGCUUCCCAGAUCACGCUUACUACAACAUCAUCUCAAACAUGAGUGGAGAGAAACUGUGAAUGUCCGGGGAAUGAGUUGAUUUUUUUUAUCGUUCUCGCUGAGUAUUUGACUGUAAUUCGGCGAUCGGUCACAUUUCCGCAUUAGCUGUUAAUAUUGCUUCAUGCAGAAGCACAUAAGACAACGGGUCCAGCGGUGCGGUGGAAAAUAAGUCAAUCGUUUUACUCUCCAUCAAGGAACUCGAUGGCCUCACACACCUGUGCUUUCUUGGUUAGUGUCAUGCUUCUUCGUGAAGCAGAAUUUUCAGCUAAUGCCGAAGUUUGACAGCACUUUAUCAGUUUAGUGAAUCUCCAUGAAGGACCGUGAUUCGUUCGCAUCCCAUAGGCUUGGUUGCUGCGAAAAACUGUGAUAAUAUCCCGCAUACUUGAGAAACCUUGAUUGAAUGAAGGUUCAUGGGUCGUUCGGGUCACUGAGAGGUACGUCAGAAGAAGGUGUAUACACAAUGCAUGCUGGUGACUGAUGCCUUAUCAGAUGUUGAGCUGGUUCUAGCCCCAGAAGCCAACAGGAACUUUUUUCUUUUUCUAGAUUAUGGCCUCUUUCUUUUUUUUGCUGUUGAAUGCGUGAAACGCGA